AGACGUUCGGCAACUCUCUCCCUUCUUCCUCGUCUGUGGAAAAUCUAGUUGCGAACUUUAUCCGUCUUUUGAACGACUGAAUUAUGUUUCGUUCCGUUUUGUUUAUCUUAGAUUUUUUUAAAAUGAAAGUUCCUUUCUUUUUGAUAUCGAGUAACAAGUGACAAACCACUUUUCCUUUUAACGAUAUUCUGUCAUGCAUUGAUGCAUUUUUGUCUACGUAUGCAGUAAAUUUUUCGGGGUGUAAGAACUUGACGUUUAAUGAUGGCUGAAAAUGUUCCCUCGCUCAAAGAAAAAACUCGGUUUGGAGAAAUAUAAACAGUAAGGGAGUUUCCUAUGAAAUAUUCAUUAUUCAGGAUGUCAGUUUUUAUUCUUUUUUGAAGAUAUUUUAAUUUUUUUAUUUGUGGACAAAAUAGUUUCCCUUGAUGCGGGGAUGAACACUUCUUGAUGUGAAGGCUCUUCUGCUACAUUCUUCAUCGACAGUUGUAGUGAAGUCUUCAGAAAAAUGGGCGAAUGAGAGAUUGAAAAUGAAGUGAACGAACAGCAAAAGCAAUACUCCGAAUAUAUUAUUUGAUUUUGAAACGAUAGUGAAUAAAAAUUUUCUUUCAAGUUUCAAGGAAUUCAACAACUUACCAAACGUUAGUUUAAAACUUAAGAAAUAUAUCUUGUCAGUGUUGAAUAUGUACUUGCAGUGGCGUAAUUUCAUAUAUAAAACAUUUGCAGUUGUCAAUAUUUUACAUUUAUUUUAGGAUGCAUUUUGGUUACUUUUCCCAAUAUGGCGCGUAAGGUCAAAUUAGAAAGCAAAUAGAACUGGUCUUAUUGGAUAUAUGGUGAACAGAACGGGCUGAGAACCAUGUCCCAGAAAACCAAGGAAAAAAUGGACCAUUUCAAAUACCUCAGACAUUGCGUUGUGUUAUCUACAAACUCUACAGUAAUACGAGACACAUUGUGAUUAACGAAAUUGGCAAAUAACCAGAAUUUAUGACAUUUUAUGAAUUUGUGAACAAAAAUGGCAAAGUUUCCUAACCUCGUUAGAAAGUAGACAAAUAACUGAAGCUUUAAAAGCCUGCAAAGAAAAAUGAUCUGCUAAGAAGACCUUUGGAUUUCGUAUGAACGAAAGUGUGUCGAUAACUAAGACGGAGACUCCUUGAUUAAUAACUACUAAGAACAGAUCUUAGAAAUGGCUUCCUUCAAUGAAACCGCGAGCGUGUUCCUCGUGAACGGCGGAGUAGAAACUGCCUGGGAAAUUCUCGACUUGGAAAAUGUCUCCUUGGACUCGCAAGAUGAUUGGAUCAACAUCUCCAUGUUUUUCAACGAAUCCAUCAACGCCACGACCGGCAGCCCCCUGCUCGGAUCAGGGCAUGACAGGAGCAGGAUUUACGCCAUCAUGCUGCCGGUCAUCAUCGCCUUCUGCCUGCUGUCGGGCGUCGUUAGUUGCGCCGUCGUGUGUGCUACGCCCUGGGUAAAGCGCCCGAUGUCACCCACAGUCAGGCUGUCGCUGUCACUGGCCGCUGCUAACACGGUGUUCUCUGUGUCUGUGGCCGUAGCCGUGCUCAUCAACUCGUACUUACCAGCGGUGUACAACAUCAAGCCCGGCAAGUGUCUGGGCCUCUCCACGGAGGCCGUCAGGAUGGGCAGCAUCCUCGUCCAGAUCCUGCAUCUCCUGGCCGUGGCACUCAACCACUACAUGGGCACGCUGAGGCCUCUCCACUACGCGGCCACCAUGACCCCGGCCACCUUGAAGGUUAUAUUGGUGGCCCUGUGGGUGAUUCCAAUGGCUGGGAUGUUCAUCGCUUUUUCCAGCAUUCCAGGCCAGGGAUUUCAGUCCCCAAAGUGUUCCCAAAACUACUUCUAUGUCAACGGCAUUACUUUCCGCAUUGUAUGGAGUGCCUUGUUCUUCGGCCCCACGUUGCUUAUCAUCCUGGCCUACUGCCACAUCUUCCAUUUGCUCAACAACAGAGGCCUUUAUCUCGUGAGCGCCGAACAGAGGAACCAGCUGAGACGAAACAUCAAGACUGUUCGAACGACAGCUUUGAUUGUGGGGACCUUCGUCAUUGGAUGGGGUCCAGCAGUGGUCAAGUUCCUGCUGAUAUGUGACGAGUGUCCCAUAAAACCUCACGAGAUUGACUUCUACACAGCACUUGCUAGUGGAGCCACAGUCAAUAUCAUCUAUUGCCUGAAGGUCUUCACAGAUACCUUCAUUUACGCCCUCCGUCUGCGUGAUAUCCGGAAGGCUCUGCAAACCACGGCUCUCCUGUGCCACAGGCUCCAUGGCAACCAAGGACAUGUUGCUAACAUGUCUUACAGGGCUUCGUCAAAAUUUUCGUACACGGCCUCCACCAGGGUGUCGUUAGGUUCCCCUGGUUUGCACAGGAUGAGGCCAUCAUUGACCCGUAAACCUCUGGGACUCGACUCUAUAGCUGACAACCAGAUGCAUUUGGCUUCUCCCAACAGAUACGAUCAGCACCAGCCAUCCAGAGGCAGCAGCAGCGAUACCAGCAGCGGUUGCAGCAAUGUCAGCGUGGAAAUAAGAGCGUACAGCACCAACAACAACAGUCACGAUCUUCGCUUGAAUACCCUCGUGGAAGAAACCUCACUCGAUCCGAUCCUCGAAGACGAACUCGGUCGAACUUGACCUGAGAGCUGGAGUUCUUGUCAAACCCACACCCAUGGCAUGCAACGGAGCUCCGGGUUCCUGACCUCGCGUAAAACUGCGGCGCUUGACCUGAAGGCGUAAUCGUUUCUCAAAAAAAGAAACUUCAUGAUUCAGCCCCAUACGUAGGCAGUGUUACUUGACCUUUAAGAAUGUCAGUUCACUUUCGAGAUGACUUCGAGAAACUGCGACUUGUAAUGUGGGCCGUGUACCUAGUCAUUUUUCAAGUUGGCCACUGUCGCAUUUUCCCAUGGACUUUGAAAUAUGUUAACUUGAUGUGAAAUAUGUUCUGCAUUGAAAAUAUGCAGACUUAAUGAAUUGGUAAGAAAACGGGAACUCAUAUUAUGUGAACUAAGUUGGUCCAUGCAUAAUGAGAAUAGUUUUCCAUUUGGCAUUUGCUUACAUACGUAGUACCACCCAUUGCAUUAUCUGAAGUGAUCACGUACAGAUGUUUAUGUCCAUAUGUGACAGGGUUCGUGUUCAUGAUUUUUUGUACUACUUGGUAACAAGUGUUAAUGAAUACUACGUGCCGCUGUGAAUAUGUUAUGCGUCAACUUUUGCGCAAACGACUUCUAAACGACUUCAUUGCUGUUCUUUUACCUGAAUGUCUUAAACUGUGGUAUUAUUCUUCAUGAAGUAUGACGUCCUUAUUGUAUAAUAAUUAUCUGUUUCUCCUCAUAUGCUUGUGUAUCAUUAUUUUGAUGCUAUAGCUAAGAAAAUGUUUUACCUGGUGUUUGGAUGAAGCUUCUGAUUCAUAAGCUAUUGGAGGAAACUAAUUUCAUAUUCGUUCAACUUUUUUGCCGUCAGUGUUUUUAUAAUACUACAACGUAACGUCUGUAGUAAAAUUUAAAUUUAUUCAUAUUCAUAUUUAUUUAUUUAUUUAUUUAUUUAUUUAUUUAUUUAUUUAUUUAUUUAUUUAUUUAUUUAUUUAUUUAUUUAUUUAUUUAUUUUAAGAAGAUUCAACACUAACUCCUUUACCUUAAUUUGUUAAGAAAUGAUAGAAGCUGGUCUUCAUCUUAACGCUGUCAGUUUUGAAAGUUUCCGAACGACUUUGAGAAGUUUUCCCAAAUUAAUUUUGAAAAUUUGUAGUCACAAAUUAGGCUAAAAAUAUUGAUCAUAAGAUCUCGUUGAAAUGUGUGUCAUAAAUUGUAUUUUUUAACAAACAGCAAAACUUAUCAUUUCGAUUUGCAUGUUUCAAAUGCAGUUCGGUGGAAAUAUCCCGUAAUUCAUUUAGUUCUUGUCAUUAAUUUAGUAGAAUAGCUGAAGAAGACAUAUAACUGUCAAUUUGUUUUCUAAUCAAGUUAGGUUUAAAACUAUAAAACAGCAACUUUGCAAUUAAGCAAGAAAAGUAUCAGUGUUUUUUCUAGUUUAUGUAAUUUAGUAUAUAUAUUUAUUUAUUUAUUUAUUUAUUUACUCAGUCAUUCAAUGAACAUGGUAGUCUUCGACUAGAGGGAUUGCGUCAUCUCUCACACGAUAGAUAUAGAUUCUAGUAAAACUUUUCUCAAAACGUCUCAUUCGAAGAAAUAUUUUAUAAAAUAAUUUCGUUUAAGGAUAAUGCGUCAUUCCUCAUUCUGAGUUGCUAUUAUAAGUCAUUGGACAACGUUGUACCUUGUUACCUCCUUGUACAGACCUCUUGAAAAAAAAAAGUAAUUAUCACUGAUUGAAGUUACCAAGAGCCAUAUUUCUGGAUCUGAUUCUCUCGUAUCAUUGUUCAAAUGUACUAUCCCCGUUUCCACGUACAAUCAUAGCAUUAAGGACCCUGUUUAUAGUCAUCAGUAAAACUUUAGGAGAAGAAGAGUGAUUGUGAACUCGUAAACGUACAAAUCCCUCAGCCACAUUGCAUGGCUUGGGUCCGCACUCAUCACUCAUCAAGAUUCAGUGACGCUCCUCCUCUACUGUAGUUUGGUAAUGUAGUCAGUUUAGCGUAAAAAGUAGUGGCAGAUGUAGUAGUAUUAGUAGUAGUAGCAGUAGUAGCGAUAGGAGUUGCAGGUAUAUUAGGAACACGAAAAACAUUGUAUAAAGUGUAAACUUGAACUAGCGAGUUCUUCCUAUCCGUGAAAUGUAUUCCGAGUGAAUUUUCUACGUAAUAUCGUGUGUUUAAUGAUAUUGCUUAGAAAGAAAUAUGAAUGGAUUUAUGUUGGCCAGCCACUUAUAAUCUCUCUCUCUCUCUCUCUCUCUCUCUCUCUCUCUCUCUCUCUCUCUCUCUCUCUCUAAUCUAACUUCUUCAUGAGCGUGUGUUCCUGCAUAUGACAUUCUCUCGUUAGAAAAAGGAAGGAAGGUGGGUUGAAUCCAGCUUCUUCCUUCCACAUCGCCAGGCAAUCUGGCUGAGGGUUUAUGCUAGGGGAGAGCCUUGUUGACAAUCGUCUCUGCCUUCAUCUGCUUUGUAAAUACCAAUGUUAGUUACGUCCUCCAAAGCUUUGUUUGGUUAAAGAUGUAACGUGAUAUCAGAUUAUA